GGCAAAUAAUUAUGAAUUGUGCCCUAUCCUCCUUCCCCUUUGACUCCUGAUUGCUCCUCGUGUUUUUUCCGUCUGUUACAACAUGGCGACCUUUGAAUCCCUCCCGACAGAGCUUCGGCUGCAGGUCCUACAGCACCUGGACCUUCCCUCCUUGGGCCAGCUCAUCCAAGCCUCUCCCAUCUACCACAACACAUAUCUUCAGUCUAAGAAGAUCUUAUUACACAAUGUGGUCCGACAAUGCUACGGCCAUGUCGGCUUGGCAGACCCCAUCGCAGCCGUCUCCUCCACAAAUCUGCAGGCAGAAAUCAAAUCCCACCGAGACGACAUCAUCUCCCUCCUGGAUCACCUCCGUCGCCGCGCGGAGACCACCUCACAACGCCACAUCCUCUCCCCCGACGACUCCCUUCGUCUCCUUCAUCUCUACCAGCGCUUGAAGCCCCUCCUCACCCGCUUUCUCCAGCGUGCCCCAGGGCCUGUCUCCCCGGCGGAGCGCGCCCGCAUCCUCCGCGCUCUCUGCCGUCUCCAAACCUACAGCAACAUCUUCGGUGCCCGGGAGUGGUCGGCCGACCCGCAUUCCCGCCGCGGCGCCGCAACAUGGUACCGCAACUUCACCCUGGACGAUAUGUGGGCGCUGUUUUUCGGACCCAUGACCCCCUGGGAAGUCGAGGAGUUCGGCAGCGUGUCCACUUUCCUGCAGCAGGAGUAUAGCGCGCUGUUCGCACAGAUCGCCCGCGAAGUCGGCCCGCGCGACGGACCCGCUUGGCAGGCGUUGCGGCCCGAUGGGAUGCCCGUGGAGGUUGUCUACGGCAGCGCCGAUGAAGAGGCCCCCGAAAACAAAGACUACAACGACUACUGCAACCAUCUCGUCGCGCUCGGCCCAUGCUUCCUCGCCACCGUGCUGGCCCAACCCACCGCACACGCCCGGCACAGCCUCCUAGCCGCCAACUCUAUCGCCGCCAAGCGCUCCUUCGACAGCCGCGUCUCCAUCAUGCGCCAUCGCGGCACCCCCAUGCUGGACCCCGCCGACCGCUACGACGUCCCCGGUGUCGGAGCCCUCCUGUCCACUCUCCCCGUCAUGGACCAACCGGCCACCGGCUGGAGCCACUACUGGUACGGCGCGCAGGGACCCGUCGACAGUGUGGUUCACGCACCGGAAUCGCAUGAGCGCACGAUGGGCAACUCCCACGGAUGGCAGUGGGGAUAUGCCCUCUGGGACGUUCCUGCUUAAUAACUUUCUUCUUUUGCUUUCUUCUAUUUUCGUUUUAUCCCCCCAUUUUACUCUGUUGUAAUGUCUUUUAUCUCUAUUGCGUUUUCUGAUCGAGUGCUUGAUCGAUCAAUCGAUCAAGCUGCAUUGUCGUGGUUUCGUCUGGACGAGAUUACUUUCAGCGCUCUGCUGAUAUGAUGUUUAAAAAAGUGCUUUUUGGCGUUGCAUGACUCGGUGUUUGGGUUUGAUGAAUUUGCCUGUCGGUUGACAGGGUCAUGACAUGACAUGACAUACCUGCAUGUGCGGCUGAUCGCUGCUUGCGUUUGUUGUUCUUUUUUAUAAUGAGAGUACCCCAUUUGCAAUUUAAGGAAGAAGUGUUGUCUGACAGCACUUCUCGGCUUUGC